ACCAAACUAACGUCCAAGCGCCAUAGUUGCUCUCUAAUUUUUUCUUUUUUGGGGGACUACAAUCGAACGUCCUUGUUUGGAGUUUGAAGCCCAUUCUGCCCAAAAAUCUUGAAGCCCAUAAGACAUGCCUCGCUCAACGUCAGCCUCGGAGGUUCAAACUUCAACUCAGAGACUGCAAUCUUCGCCCUUCGAAGCUGUAGGACACAAUUUGGGAUCUGUGGAUCAUGUUUUUCAGGCGACUUGCAGUGGCGCUUCCUCACUCAAGAAGGUUCUUUAGCAGUAACAGCAACCAUGAUCUUGCAAGCGCCAUUGAUGCCCUAAAUAAGGAAAUGGAAUCUGUAUUUGGUGAACCUCCAUCAGAUGGACCUGCAAGUUCUGUAAGAAAUGAAUAUAAGGCUGAAGAAACCCAGUUCGUUUCUCAUAAAGGAGUUAAAAGCACAAUUGGCCUGACCCACAUUGGCAGUAUGGGUGAAGCCCAAAUGGUAGAUGUUUCUCCCAAAGAAAGUAGUAAGAGAACUGCAAUUUCUAGUUGUAAGGUAAUUCUUGGCAAGAAGGUGUUUGAUUUGGUCUUAGCUAACCAAAUUGCCAAGGGAGAUGUCCUUAGUGUGGCGAAAAUUGCAGGAAUAAGUGGAGCAAAGGAAACUAGCAGUCUCAUCCCACUAUGCCACAACAUAACCUUGACUCAUGUUCGUGUCGAUCUGACACUGAACCCUGAGGAUUUUAGUGUGGAUAUAGAAGGGGAAGCUGCAUCUACCGGAAAAACUGGGGUUGAAAUGGAAGCAAUGACUGCUGUGACCAUUGCUGCUCUUACAGUUUAUGAUAUGUGCAAGGCUGCUUCUAAGGAUAUCCAGAUUACAGAUAUACGACUUGAGCGCAAAACUGGUGGGAAGAGCGGGGACUGGUCCAGGGAGGAGUGAUAGGGUUAGGGUGUUUGAAGAAGAUUAUAGUGCAAAAUGCUCUUCCAAAUGUCUUGAAGCUUAGUUUUUCGUGGAUGCUUACCUAUCCAAUUGGAAACGAAAAAUGAGUAUUGGCUUACAUUCUGUAAAUUUUUCAAUGGAGAUGUCCCGUUAAAAAAUGAAUGGACAAUAUUGCAAGAUUGGAGAAAAAGUCUACUUAUUUUUUCACCGGAAGCAAUCUUGCCCGUUCAUUUUUUUAACAGGAGAUCUCCAUUGAAAAAUUUACAGGAUGUAAGCCAAAUGAAAGUGCUACUCCUUUCUUCUUUACUUUCAGAACUUGAAGGCAAUAUUUAUGUACAAAUUGAGUUGUUACAUAUUAAAACUGCUCGUUCACCUAACAUGUAUCGAAGUGGCUUGCAUCU